CCUCCCUCGUCUUCCAACACGUCUCGCUUGUCUUCCCUUCGUUCAUCCCUCGAGAUCGUUCCCAGACUAACCCCCAAGGCGCCCUCUGCAGAGACCCCGAGGUUCGCACUCCCCUGUGCAUCCUCUUAGGCUUGUCGUUGCUUGCCUUCCGGUCCGCAUUCCUCGACGAGACUUAACUCGUCUCGAUCCCGACAUCCCCCCGGCGUCUCGAUCAAUGGUAGCUUGAACGUCUCCAUACCAUCGCUCCUCAGCACCUCUGGCUCCACUCGGAAGCCUGUACACUCGCUACUACUGCAAUUCCACCGAUAUUCAACUCGACUUGAUCUCAUCUAACUUUGGACUCGACGUCUGUUGUUACAGCUUCUGCUUGCUCGCUUCGUGCUACAACACUGCAGCACACUGCAGCACACACCGCAUUGCUUUUGCGUGACUUCCAGAGCUCGAAUCGUGCCGCCACUUGGCCGACGACUCUCUGACGACUUGCUGAGUAGGCAGUCUCUCCUACUUCACUCGCAAGCCUCUUCGCGACUCUAGGACGCUUCUCUACCCCCACAAUUCUCAACAAGAUGGGCAUCGGUGGCUACUUCAAGUCCGAGAAGCCUGAAGCUUCCGGCGGUGGCAGUCCGCCCCAGCCCAGUCGCUCAAACACGGCCCCUAUGAUGGAGAAAGGUCCAUCCGUCAGGUCGAGCACCAACGAUAUGGAGCUUCAACCGCCCACACCUCGCUACAACUCCAGGCCCCAGUCCGUUUCCGGCCGUUCGACGCAUUCCAAUGGCAGCUCCAUGUUCCUAGACGACAUCAAGCACGAGGUCAUGGUCAACUACCUCUAUCAGCAACAGUGCUCUCAUCUCUGGGUCAGUGACGGAUCUGGCGAGAUUGAAGGUGUGCUUCUUCGUAAGGCCAGAGGCCAGUACAUGGCAUGCCCGCCGCAGCUUGGCAACUCCCCGUUCGCUGAGGCCUGCGCCGCCCUCAAUGUCCAAUGCUCCAUGACGGUCAACUCUCGUGUUAUCAAGACGUUUCUUCAAUGGUCUCCGGACGCUGUUGACGUCCCUUUGAUGAACGGUCUCAGGGUACAGAUCCUGCCCACCAUCGAGGAUCUCCCCAGAGCGAGAAAGCACCAGUUCGCGGCUUUCAUUGCUGCCGAAGGGCUUCUGGUGGUCUGGGACGACGAUGCGCUGCAUCUCGUCCAGAGAGCCAAGGCUAUCGAGUCGGAGCUCAUGGAGCUAGUCUGGAAAGCCGGCGCCGAUGAGGACGAGGGCGACGAGAAGAAAGGCCCCAACGUUGCCGAUUACGAGAUCGACGAGGAGAGCGGCGAGAUCAAGCCCGAGAAACGGCCCGUUCACCUUCUCAACACCUACUUGGUGUCCAUUACCCUCGUACUCGUCGUCGUCUCGCUCGGUGCCGCCUGGAGGCAACUCGCCAUUGAGGUAUCUGUUGACGGGGAGUACCUGCGUCUGGCUCUCGUUGCCCUCUUCCCGCUGCAGAUCUUCUUCACGCUGUUCUUCGCCCAGGUCAUUGUUGGUUGUUUGGCCCAGAUCUUCGGGCCCAUUCGCCAACUGACCAUCAACUCCAAGUUCUACUCGGCCCGUCCUCCCCCUAGACUGCAGAGCGCGGUCCUCCCCCACGUCACCGUCCAGUGCCCCGUAUACAAGGAGGGUCUCGCCGGUGUCAUUGUCCCUACGGUCAAGUCCAUCAAGCAGGCCAUGUCCACCUACGAACUCCAAGGUGGCUCCGCCAACAUGUUCAUGAACGACGACGGUCUCCAGUUGAUCUCUGAGGAGGAGCGCCGCGCGCGCAUCGAGUUCUACGCCGACAACAGCAUCGGCUGGGUCGCCCGUCCCAAACACGGCGAGAACGGCUUCACCCGCAAGGGCAAGUUCAAGAAGGCGUCCAACAUGAACUUUGGCUUGAUGAUCUCCCUCAAGGUCGAAGAGAAGCUCCAGGCCAUAUCUCGCCCCGUCGAAUGGACCCAGCACGACGAAGCCCAGGCCUAUGAGCAUGCCCUCAAGGAGGUUCUCGAGGAAGACGGCCGUGCCUGGGCUGACGGUAACAUUCGUGUCGGUGACUACAUUCUCAUCAUCGAUUCCGACACUCAAGUCCCCGCCGACUGCUUCCUGGACGCUGUUUCUGAGAUGGAGCAGUCUCCCGAUGUUGGUAUUAUGCAGUUUUCCUCGGGCGUCAUGCAGGUCGUCCAUACCUACUUCGAGAACGGCAUUACUUUCUUCACCAACCUCAUCUACAGCGCCAUCCGCUACACCGUCUCCAACGGUGAUGUCGCUCCCUUUGUCGGCCACAACGCCAUCCUCCGCUGGAGCGCCAUUCAGCAGGUCGGCUAUUUUGACGAGGACGGCUACGAGAAGUUCUGGUCCGAGUCGCACGUGUCCGAGGACUUUGAUAUGUCGCUUCGUCUCCAGUGCAAUGGCUACAUCAUCCGCUUAGCUGCCUGGGCCGGCGAAGGUUUCAAGGAGGGCGUGUCUCUUACCGUGUACGACGAGCUUGCGCGUUGGGAAAAGUACGCAUAUGGCUGCAACGAGCUUCUCUUCCACCCCAUCCGCACCUGGCUCUGGAGAGGUCCCUUCACUCCGCUGUUCCGCAAGUUUCUUUUUAGCAAUAUCCGCUUCACCUCCAAGAUCACUGUCGUGUCGUACAUUGGCACCUACUAUGCCAUUGGCGCCGCCUGGAUCAUGACGUCGGUCAACUACUUCCUCAUGGGCUGGUACAACGGGUACCUCGACAAGUACUACGUCGACUCGUGGCAGGUCUGGUUCUCCAUCAUCAUCGUCUUCAACGGCCUCGGCAACGUCGCUCUGGCCAUCAUGCGCUACCGCGUUGGUGAGAAGAGCCUGCUCUGGGCCUUCUUCGAGAACAUCAAGUGGACUUUCCUCCUCGCCAUUUUCCUUGGUGGUCUGAGUCUGCACGUAAGCCAGGCUCUCCUGGCUCAUAUGUUCGAGAUCGACAUGUCGUGGGGCUCGACCUCCAAGGAAGCCGAGUUUUCUAACUUCUUCAUUGAGGUGCCCAAGGUUUUGAAAAAGUUCAAAUUCUCCAUGAUCUUCUCCUGCGUCUUCAUCGCUGGUAUGAUCAUUCUGGCCGUCGCGCCAUUCAUCCCCCACGAUUGGCGGAUUACGGACUUCGUUGCCAUCCUGCCUAUGGCUACCGUCUCGGCCAGCCACUUGCUUCUGCCCAUCGCACUCAACCCGGCGCUCAUGACCUUCUCGUGGUAAACGACCUGCCACAGUGAAUUCAUUGCGUGUCAUAAUUUUCACGGGCCCUACGAGGCGCGACCAAACAUUGUAUAGUGGGCGUUUCUCGCAUCGGUAUAGACAUGGGACGGAGUUGCGAUCGCGAGGGGGGCCUUUGAUACCUAGAUCUUCAUCGAAGCCCAUCACGACACAUGACGAUUGGGGCUCCCGAUCUUGAUUUUCUUUUUCUCUCGAUAUAUCUGAAGAUAUCAUGCAAAAUAUUUUGCGAGCUUGUAUUGUAAAGCUUAAUACUUAUGAUCAUAUGGUUGGUGACCACAGACGGUGCCAAAAGGACAGGACAAUAUGGGUUGGACCACGAACAAAUAGGUAUGAGGUAGACGACAGUUAAAGACAGACAGACACGCCCGAAUGUUGGCAUUUCAUUCCAGAAAGACAAAUUUAAACAAAACUUCAG